AUGGGUAAGAUAACAGUAAGUGAGACGAAGGGAAAAGUUCGUCAUAAUCCAUUAUACAAAGAUAUUGAGUCACAAGGUGGGAAUUUGAAAUCAGCACCCACAUCAUCUCGUUCAAACCAAAAAAAUACUGAAAAGAACGAAGAACACUUUCUAGAUGCAGCAGCUUCGAGAAGAAUCUUACAGUUGGCUAAGGAACAACAAGAAGAAUUAGAAGACGAAGAAAAUGCAGGAAAGACUAGACCAAGUUUCUUGGAUACUUAUAGAUCUCAGAAGGAUGAGGAAGACGAAGAGGAAGACGAAGAGGAAGAGGAAGAAUAUUCUGAGUUUGAAGAAGAUGAAAUAGCUGAAGAAGAAAUAGAGGUUGAUGAAAAAGACGCCGCUUUAUUUGAAAAGUAUUUUGCAUCAAAUGGGCCAGGAAAUGGCUCGAUAAAUUUGGCAGAUAAAAUCAUGGCUAAAAUUCAAGAAAAGGAGACUAUUAAAGAAAAUAAUAGUAGGCCAGUUGAUGCCGUGUUGUUACCACCUAAGGUUAUCUCUGCAUAUGAAAAAAUUGGACAAAUUUUGUCUACCUAUACUCAUGGUAAGUUGCCGAAAUUAUUCAAGGUUCUCCCAAGUUUACGUAACUGGGAAGAUGUGUUAUUUGUAACCAACCCAGAAAAAUGGACUCCACAUGCUGUUUAUGAAGCUACGAAGUUAUUUGUUUCUAAUUUGCAAGCGAAUGAAGCUCAGAAAUUUGUUGAAAUGGUAUUAUUGGAAAGAUUUAGAACCUCGAUUGAAGACUCAGAAGAUCAUUCAUUAAAUUAUCAUAUCUAUAGAGCAUUGAAGAAAUCUUUGUAUAAACCAGGUGCUUUUUUUAAAGGGUUUUUGUUCCCAUUAGUGGAUUCUCAUUGUUCUGUCAGAGAGGCCACUAUUGCAGCAUCAGUUUUAGCUAAGAUUUCCGUACCAGUAUUGCAUUCAUCAGUUGCAUUAACGCAAUUGGUGCAGAGAGACUUCAAACCCUCUACUACUGUGUUUAUUAGAGUCUUGAUUGAAAAGAAAUAUGCUUUACCAUACCAAACUUUGGAUGAGCUAGUCUUUUAUUUCAUGCGCUUUAGAAAAGCUGCCCAAGCGAAUGAUUCAAUGAUAGAUGAAGAAAAGGAAGAACCACAAUUGCCUGUCGUUUGGCAUAAAGCGUUCUUAUCAUUUGCUCAAAGAUACAAGAAUGAUAUUACGGAUGAUCAAAGAGACUUUUUAUUAGAAACUGUUAGGCAAAGAUUUCAUCAUGCAAUUGGUCUUGAAAUCAGAAGAGAAUUAUUAGCCGGUAAACCUAGAACACCUCCUCAACCGGUAAAAGAAGCGAUUAUGAUCGAUGCUUUUUGA